AUGAAACAUUUUCAACCAGAUUCUUGCUUAUAGCAUAAUAAAAAGGCUAUUUUCUUAAAUUAAUCAGAAGUUGAUCCAUAGUUUAAGAAUUUAUGUCUUCAAUGUGUUUCAGAAUUAAAAAAUGAAUUAAUUGUAAUCGACGAUUUCUAAUAAUCAAUAUAAGAACUUAUAAUUAAUUUGAUUAAACAACGAGAAUAACUUAAUUAAAAUAACCUUUAGUGUUUAAUUCAUUUGAAAGAUUGCAUUUUGUAGUUCAAAAUGCAAUAAAUAAUAUCAAUUGAAAAGUAUAUUUAAUGUAUUGAUUAAUAAAUCAAUAUAAUGGAUGAGUUUUAAAAAUAAAUAUAUGAUUACUAAAUUCCAAUAGACAAUGUUGAUUAAUUUCUUAGUAAAUAUACUGAAAUUGAAUAAUUACAUAUAAAUUAUGAAGGUAUUAGGGAUGUUAUAAUGAGCAAUCUUAACUCAAUUCAAAUAUAAGAUUUUAUGCCAUAAUUUUAAGAAAUUAUAAAUAACCUUAUAUUUGAAUCUUAGACUGAUGUUGUUGUUACUCUAUCACAUAUAAAAUCUCACAUUUUCCCUAAAAAUUAUGAUAAAGAAAAAUUGAAAAUAUUUUGUGAGAAACAUAAUAGAUAAAUAUUAAUGUUGGACUUAAAUAAAUAAAAAACACUUCAAAAUAGAUUAGCUUGCAUUGAUUGUAUUGAAGAAUAUGCAAUCAAAUUCACAAAACUAGAAAAUUUUGAAUAAUAAUGGAAAGAUUAUUAAAAUACAAUCUAAUAAGAGAAUAAUAAAUUUAAUGAGAGAAUCACUAAUACUAACAAAACCAUAUUGCAAUAUAUGAAUGAUUUUUAUAAACUAUUGUAAAAUGAAUUGAAAUAUACUCAAAAAUAAUUGACCGAUCAUGCAAAUGAUUAUCGGAUGAAGACAAGACAACCCAUAUUCAAAACCAUAUUCCAAUUUUCAAAAGAAGAAAUUUUUGAAAUAGCUGAAGAAUUAAGUAAUUAAAAUAACUAAGAAAAAUUAACAAAAGAAUUUGAAUCUCAAUAUCAUAAUUUUAAAAUAUAGUCGGAUAAGAUCUUGGAGGAUUAAGAGAUUAUUAUAUAACAAUUAUAUAAAAAGAUGUAAAAAUAAAUAUAAGAAUCUUAUUAUAAUAUUAUAGAUUAACAUAAUAUUAAUUAAUAAAAAAUUAAACCUUUUAAAUAUGAAAUCAUGAAAUAGAAUUGUAUUAAAUAGUAAGAGUCCUGUUAUGCAUUAGCUUUUAAUAAUGAUUCAUCAAUAUUAAUUGCCGGUUGCAAUACAAAAAUCAAAAUAUACUAAUUUAUAAAUGAAGAAUUAAAAGAAAAGUAAAUUAUUUCAGAACAAAAAGAAUUUACAUGUUUAAUAUUUAUGAAAAAGAGAAACCAUUUUAUAUCAGGAAGCAAAGAUGGAUCUAUUAUAAUUUGGUCAAUUGAUAAUAAUUAAUAAUGGUAUUAUUAGUAAAGAUUGGAAGAACAUAAUGAAAAAAUACUUUGCUUAAUUUUAAAUGAAUGUGAGGAUCUUCUUAUUUCUAGUAGUUGGGAUAAAACUAUCAAGUUCUGGAAUAAUACAACUAAAUGGAUAAGUACUUAGACUAUUUUAGACCACAAUGAAUAGGUUUGGAGUAUUAGUAUGAGUCCAUCAUAAACCAAAUUGAUUUCAUGUGGAAAUGAUAGAAUUAUUCUAAUAUUAGAACAUAAAAAAAAGGAGAAUUUUUGGAUAAUAGUAUAAAAGAUAAAUGUAGAAGUUAGAGGAUAUAGAAUUUGUUUUUUAAGUGACAACUCAUUUGUAUUUUAAUAAUGGAUUUCAAAUUUGAUGAAUUUCUACUAAUAUGAUGAAACAAAAAAUGAAUUUAAAAAAAAGAGAGACAUAAUUGUAAAGUCUGGUAAUAGUUGUGAUUAUUUAUCACCUUUAUAAUAUAUUGACAAUAAAUCAUUACUUGUAAAUAAAAAUGGGUUUCAUAUAAAUAUGAUUCGAAGAAAUGAAGAAGAAACUCUUAAAACAGAGUUUACUAUAAAUUUUGAUACAAAUUAUAUAUAUAUAUCAAUUAGUAGAGAUGGAGAAUUCUUAGCAACUUGGGAUAACAAAACAUAAGAAAUAUAAAUAAGAAAAUUUUUGAUUGAUUGA